GGGAGAAGCUAGAAGAAGAAGAAGAAGGAACUAGCAAGCAACAUAAACAAAAACAAUUGUGGCCGGUAAUGCCAAGACUGGGUCAUAAGUUACGGCUGACGAACAAUAAUUUUUACCAAUUAGACUUAUUCGUCUGUUUUACGAAUAUUUCAUAGCAUUAUUUGAUGAAAUAAUGAGUGAAUCAGAGGCUAAGAGAAAAAUAGAAGAGGAGGAAGAGGAGAGUAGCGAUGAUGAUGGAUGGAUUGGACCAAAACCUGAGGAAGCAGUAGUAGAGCCCAAACCUAAAAAGAUAAAAGUGUUGGAAUAUGAGCAAAUGUACCUGGAUAAUAUGCCUUGUGCCGAGUAUUAUGAGAAGAGUUACAUGCACCGUGACACUGUCACACAUGUAGUGGUUACCAACAGAACAGACUUUGUUAUUACUGGGAGCUGUGAUGGGCAUAUAAAAUUCUGGAAGAAACAGGAGGAAGGGGUGGAAUUUGUGAAGCACUUUCGAGCACACAUGACAAAUCUGCAGCACCUGGCAGCAAAUUUCUCUGGUACCAGACUUGUUUCAAUAUCAAAUGAUAAAUCGCUCAAGGUGUUUGAUGUUGAAAAUUUUGAUAUGAUAAACAUGAUGAAAUUACAUUUUGUACCUAACACUGCUGAGUGGAUUCACCCCGUUUCUGAUCCUUUGCAUACGGUUGCUGUGUCGGAUGCAGAAUCUCCAAAGAUUUUUAUUUUUGAUGGCCAUGGGACAAAUGAACCAUUACAUGUGCUUGAUUCACUUCACACCAAACCAGUUACGAUUAUCAAGUACAAUGUGGCCUAUGAUGUUAUAAUUUCGGUUGAUGAGAUUGGUAUGAUUGAGUACUGGUCUGGAACAAAGAAUGACUACCAGACAGCCACUUGUGUCAACUUUGAAUCAAAACUAGACACUGAUUUGUUUGAAUUUGUGAAAAAUAAAACGUUCCCAAGAUGCUUAGCAGUCUCUCCUCAAGGAUCCCAGUUUGCUACCCUUGGAGCAGAUAAAAAGGUUCGUGUCUUUAAAUUUUUGACGGGCAAGUUAACCCGAGUGUUUGAUGAGAGCUUACAGCAUUAUGUAGAAUUGCAACAGAAGAAACAGCAAAUACCUAAUAUGGAGUUUGGACGAAGAAUGGCUGUGGAGAGAGAUGUUGAGAAAGGUGGCGCAUUAGGAGUUUGCAACCUGGUUUAUGAUGAAAGUGGUCAUUUUCUUCUCUAUGCCACUAUGCUGGGUGUGAAAGUUGUUAAUUUGUUUACCAAUCGCCUUGUGAGAACAAUUGGCAAGCCUGAAAAUUUAAGAAUAUUGAAUCUUGCCUUAUUCCAGGGAAAAGUGAAGAAAAACAAAGGCACCAUCACAAUGGAAAUGGAAGCCUCGGAUAAUCCAGCCCUAGAUUCCGUGAAAGCAGACCCCACUCUGGUUGCAACAGCAUUCAGAAAAAAUCGUUUCUACCUCUUUACCAGGAGAGAUGCAACAGAUACCAAGAGUGUAGACACUGAUCGUGAUGUGUUUAACGAGAAGCCAUCUAAAGAAGACAUUAUUGCAGCAACUGAACAAGGAGGUGGACAGAGACUCUAUGAGACUGCCAUCAUUCACACAUCUCUGGGGGAUAUUACACUGAAGCUCUUCCCAAAAGAAUGUCCCAAGACUGUGGAGAAUUUCUGUGUCCAUGCAAAGAAUGGCUACUACAAUGGACAUCUGUAUCAUCGGGUUAUUAAACAGUUUAUGAUUCAAACUGGAGAUCCUCUUGGCACUGGGGUUGGUGGAGAGAGCAUCUGGGGAGGAGAGUUUGAAGACGAGUUCCAUCCAUCACUAAGACAUGAUCGGCCAUAUACCGUCAGUAUGGCCAAUGCAGGUCCCAAUACCAAUGGGUCACAAUUCUUCAUCACAGUUGUUCCCACACCCUGGUUGGACAACAAGCACACAGUCUUUGGUCGUGUAACUCGUGGAAUGGAAGUUGUACAGAAUAUUUCAAAUGUUAAAUGUAAUCCAAAAACUGACAAACCAUAUGAUGACAUAAGUAUCUUGAAUGUAACUGUGAAAUAAUUACUUUGCAUUGCUUCUCUAGUAAAUUUUUUAAUGUACUAUACUUUGGGUUUUUAUGUUAUUCAUUUUAUUGAAAUAAGAAAGCUUGGAAGACAGGCCACAAAAUUUCCUUAUUAUGCAUUCUACCUCUUAAAGAAAGGAAAUCAUAAAAACAGUGAUGGUAAGAUUGUACUCCAAGCCACACCAUUUUUCUUAGCUGUACUGAAUAGGGUUCUAUCCUUAUAAAAUUAUUCUUUUAUAGAAAUAAUAAAGAUAAAUUUCC